ACUUUUCCUGAGUCUCCACUGAGCCACCAGCCUGUAAACAAGAUGAGGUCAGUGCUGCUGCUGCUGCUGUUGGUGUCUCUCAUCACCAUCCAAACUGUGACUGGAGGGAAAAACAAAAAAGAGAAACACAAACCCUCCCAGUCCAGGUCAGAAUGCACUGACUGGCGCUAUGGCAACUGUGUGCCUAGCAAUGGGGACUGUGGAGCAGGGUUUAGAGAGGGGUCAUGUGACCAGCAGACCAAGAAGAUGAAAUGUAAAGUACCUUGCAACUGGAAAAAAGACUUUGGAGCUGACUGUAAAUAUCGCUUUGGUAGUUGGGGAGAGUGUGAUCCAAGCUCUGGCUCACGGACCAGAACAGGGACAUUGAAGAGGGCUCUGUACAAUGCACAGUGUCAACAGACCAUCUCUGUCUCCAAACCCUGUCAUGGAAAACCAAGACAAAAACCAAAGGAGAGAAGAGAGAAGACCAGAGGCACCAGAAACAGGGUGUAGAGAGGGCAGACCAGAGUCUGAACCAGAGUCUGAACCUGUCCUCUGACUGCUGGACAGUGGUCCAACACUUAAGAUUUAUAGUCUGAUCUCCAUAUCCAUAUUUCUGAGUCUUCUCCACAGCCGUGACAAAAACACAAUUUUUAUUUUAAACAGAAAACACAAGUCUACAGAAUGAAGUGAGUUUUUACCUGUGGCAUCAGCACCAGAUUCAUAUUAUAAUUUUUUCUUCAGAUCACAUGUUAUAAAUUCCUAUCACUUUAAAUAUGUUGUUCUCAGGACCAAACCUCCAGGCCUCCAGUCCACUUUAGCUGCUCUGAUAGUGGAGCUGGUUUAACUUUUCUGUGCUGUGGGUUUGAAUCAUUUUAUUAAUCCUGAACAAUCUUGGACGUGUCAGUAGUACACACAUGCAUGCAUGCACGCACGCACGCACGCACGCACGCACGCACGCAUACACUGUAUGUUGCAUUGUUUGAGCCUCUUGGCUCAACAAGCAGCCAAGAAUUAGCCACUUAAGUUAUUCUAACUACCAGAGUUACCUGCCAAUCAAACAUCACAUUCAAAAACUUCCUGUAGAACCACAAAGCUCCUGUUUCUGUCACUUUGAACAUUGUAAAUACAUUUCUCUGUUUCCUCCUCUUCACAGUGAUCACUCUCUCUCU